AUGAAUCCAGUUAUUCAGCCGUUUCCAUGGAAACCGGUUGAGCUGCUGCAGCAGGGCGUUAGCCGGAUGCUAACGUUAGCCUGAUGCUCAGCACCGGGUUCCGGUCCGGAUUCAGCCCGGUUCCGGUCCGGUGAGACCCUCUUCAUGUGUGUGGUGGUUCCUGCUGACCGACCAGCAGGUUUAAAUCAGUUUAAAUCCGGAUCCGGAUGAAGUGUGAACUGGUUCCAGCUCGGUUCUGGUUCCGCCCUCCUCCGUGUGGGAGCGACAGACGGACCGGUUCACACGAAAACCGACAUUUUACCGGAUUAACUGCUCGUCGGAGUCCUCAGUGGGAGCCGAACCGAGCCGAACCUCCCGCUGAACCCAGAUAUCUGGUUCUUUCUGGUUCCCGGGCCGGAAGGUUCCCCGGGCAGCGCAGCGCGGUAAUGCGCUGACAGGUGGACGCGGUCUGGCGGCAGAAUACCGGGAUUUAACCGGGAUUUACCGGGAUUUACCGGGGACAGCGGGUCGGUGAGCCGGACCGAACAGCUCCUCCUCUGGGCUUCAUGCCGGACUCUCCAGGAUUUAGACUUUAUUUCUCUCGCUUUUUAAAUUAGAAAAUAAAAUUGUAGUUUUGACGCGAAUCUGGCGUGACGUCCUCCGCAGCCAGCAGGACCGGGACCGGGACCGGGACCAGGGGCUGGGAACCGGCAGCUCUUCUGGUUUAUUGUGUGUUUUGAGAUGGACGAAGUGAAAGUGUCUCUGUGAUGGAUGUUCAUAUCAUAUCUGGAGCGUUAUAACCGCUCCUGGGCUUCACCUGGAAGGAAUACUCUUAAAACGCUGAUUUUCUGAACGGAGUCUGGUGAAGCGGUCUGGCUGCAGGAUCCGGUCCCAGAAAGGACCAGAUCCGGGUGGAACCGGCGCCCCUCGGCCGGUUCUGUGUGCGCCGAACUGAAGACUGGACCCUGCUGGUGGUGGACUACAUGUUAGUGGCGUCUGACAGAUGAAACACCCGCACAGCAGAGAAGCAGCUUAGAUCCGUGGGUUCUAGAGGGAACCUGGUGAGAUGUUCUCCAGCAGCAGGAACCAGAGCCUGCAGCUGUUCUCCCCGCUGGACGAGCUGCAGGAGCUCGCCUUCAUCGAGAGGCCGAUCCGCAGGAGCCUCAAGACGGCGGAAGAGAUCGAUCAGCUGACUGUGGAUGAAGACCUAAAUGACAUAGAGAGAGCCGUCUACCUGCUCAGUGUGGGUCAGGAGGUGCAGAGAGCCAGCGUCAUCAGUAACCUGCCCAGCCUCGUACGCCAGAAUCCAGCUGAGACGUUUCGCCGGGUCGUACCAAAGGUCCGGGAGGUCUUGAACUCAGCCGGAGCAGAAAUCCAGCUCGCAGCAGCCGCCUCGUUUUUAACCAUCCUGCAGGACGAUAUCAUCCUGAUCCACACCCACACCUUCUCCAUCCUGAAGACUGUCCUGCUGCACCUGAACCACAGAGACACAGUGGUCAGCAACGCCUGGUUGGAGACUCUGCUGUCGGCCAUCAACGCUCUACCCAAGGAGACCAUCAAACAGGAGGUGCUGAACCCUCUCCUCUACCAGUCUCAGCUGUCUCACUCUCUUCAGGCUCGUCUGGCCAGCUGUCGCAUUCUGGGGAAAGUCGCCUGCAAGUUCGACUCUCACAUAGUGAAGAAGGAGCUGCUGCCGUUGGCUCGUUCUUUGUGUCAGGACGUGGAGUUGGAGGUCCGGGCCUGUAUGUGCCGUCAGCUGGAGAGCAUCGCCAGAGCCAGCGGGGUGGACGACACCAGGACCGAGCUGCUUCCUGAACUGGUGGAACUGGCCGGAGACGAAGAGAGCAGCGUCCGCCUCGCCGCCUUCGACACCAUCAUCAACCUGAUGGAGAUGAUGGACAGCGACGACAGGCUCCACGUGGUGGUUCCUCUGGUGAUGUCGGUGUGCGAGGUUUCGUCAUCGCAGGUGGACGAAGCCGCCGCUGCGGCUUUGUCCUUCCAGUUUGGGAAGCUGUGCAGCGGCCUGACAGGCGUCCUGUCUGAGGACCAGAGGACCAGGCUGCUUCAGGUGUUUCAGGUUUUGUGCGUCGUCGGUUUACACACUGAAGGAAACGACAACGAGGCGACAAUAAUCCGCUGCAACUGUUGCUACAACCUGCCGGCUAUGGUGGUGUUUGCGGACUCGGCUCACUUCCUGUCAGAGAUAUACCCGUCUUUCUCGAGUCUUUGUUGCGACCCGGAGGUCAGCGUUCGUAGAAGUGCUGCAGCCAGUUUCCACCAGGUGGUGAAGCUGCUGGGUUCAAACGUCCCGCUGGUCCACAAAGAGCUGCUGUCUCUGCUGCAGGACGACACUCUGGAGGUGUUGGAUGCACUGAUGAAUCACCUCGAAGAAACUCUAGAGGCCGUUUUCUCCAGAGGAGAGAACCUGGCUCUGGACAACAAGGAGCUGCUGGCGGCGCUGCUCUUGGCGGAGCAGAAGGUUGGGAGUUCUCUGCGCUGGCGGCUGCACGAGAAGCUGCUGCAGCGCUACAGCUGCCUGGCGAGGCUGCUGCCAGGAGACGUGCUGCACCAGAGCUUCUGCCCCCGCAUCUUCACCAUCCUCACCACCAACAAGGUGCUGCCGGUGCAGAAGGAGGCGUCCAGGACGUUCUGCAUGUUUCUACGCUACAACCGCAAACAGGAGCAGCGCCAGGAGAUGAUGGAGCGCCUCAUCCAAGAUCUGGCUGAGGGGCGGAGCUACUGGAACCGUCUGAGGUUUCUUGACGUUUGUGAAAUGGCGACGGAGAUUUUCUCCAGAAAAUAUUUCAACAAACACUUCCUGAUCCCGGCGCUGGAGCUGGUCCACGACGCCGUGGCCAAUGUCAGGUAUAAGCUGUGCCAGCUGUUGCCGCGGUUACGUUCGUCUCUGCGGUUGCCGGCGGACAAACAGCUGCUGCAGCAGCUCGACUUCUGUGUUCAGAAGCUGCUCUGCCGAGAGAAAGACAAGGACGUGGUGGCGACCAUCCGCAAGACAGUGUUGGAACUGGACAAACUGGACCUGACAGAACCUUUCCAUAAGAGGCAGGAGAGAGAUCUGCUGGACCAGAAGAAGGAGAAGGAGGAGACUCUGCUGCUGGAGAUGGAGCAGCUGGAGCGCCAGCAGAACGACGGGAAGAUAAACUCUGAGAAACACACAGAGAGGAAACGAAGAGACAGUAAGACGAGUCUGUCUGCAACCAAGUCCAUGUCCGUGUCCUCGUCCGGAGCCACUCUGUCCUCGUCCGGGAAGGAGACGAGGAGGGCCAAACUGUCUCGGAGUCGAUCCCUCAGCAGCCAGCCGACCUCCUCCAAACCUGCCAACGACCGGCCGCUGAAGGUGAAGGAGCUCGGAGGUCUGUCUGGACCCGGGAAGUCCUCCAUGUUGUCCAGCAAAGACGACUCCUUGAGGACCGCCCACUUCUCUAUGGUGACCCAGUCCACCUCGUCCAUGCCAGUCCUGAUCCGCAGCAACACCUCCAGCCUCCUGGAGAGAGCCAGUACCCUGGAUCACAGAACCAGUACCCUGGAUCAGAGAGAACAUAGAACCAGUAACAUGGACCACAGGAACAAUAUGGUGGAGCAGAGAACUGGUACAGGGGACAACAGAACCAGUACCCUGGACCAUAGAACCAGUACCUCUGACCAGAGAGACCACAGGAUCAGUACCUUGGACCAGAGAGACCACAGAACCAGUACCUUGGACCAGAGAGACCAUAGAACCAGUAGCUUGGACCAGAGAGACCACAGGACCAGUACCUUGGACCAGAGAGACCAUAGAACCAGUACCUCUGACCAGAGGGACCACAGGAGCAGUACCUUGGACCAGAGAGACCACAGGACCAGUACCUUGGACCAGAGAGACCAUAGAACCAGUACCUCUGACCAGAGAGACCACAGGACCGGUGCCUUGGACCAGCGCAGUAAAACGAUUGACCGGGGAUGCGGGGUGAAGGACAACCAGUCCAGAAAGCUGUCGAUAAACAGGAAGUCGAACUCUUUCAGCGUCCAGUCGGGACGCGACUGAAGAAGAUGAUGUCAUUGUUCCUCCAGCUGGCCAUCAACCAAUCAGCAGUCAGGGUUCACGAGUUAAAACUAGUUUAAUAAAGGCUUCAGAACAUUACCCAGAAUGCAACAGGACCAAAUCACUCAAGGCGCACUGUGUAUUCUAAUGAUCUCAUCCUGUCACCUGAUUGGUUCAGUAAAAUCCGCUGAUACAAACUGUUGCUGUGUUCUCAUUGGUUCUCCUGCAGACGUGUGAUUGGUUGGGUGAAGUGACAUCACAGGGUGUUUUGGUUUGUUCCAGUUCAAGAUCUCACCAAAAAUAAAUUCAGAAAAAAAAACAUUUCACAAGUAUGAGAAUCAUUUAAUUUCUUGUUUUUAUUAGUUUUAGUUUAGUUAUUAGUUUUAU